GUGGCUGGAAAGUUAAACUCUGCACAAAAUCAACCAAGAUUCGGCCACACGAAUUUCUUCAAGGUUUCAUCAAGGCUGAUACCUCUUGUCAGAGUUACUCCUUAACGAUGGGUCGUGCAUGUAAGCCACGUGUGGUCUGUCUCAUUCUCCUUACUCUGCUGCUUCUCUACCUACUGCCGUGGUUCUGGUCAGGAUCUCUGCAGCCUGCUAGUGGCUUCUUCAACUACGAGGUCGAUGAAAUGUUGGGUCAGGAAAGACAAGGAAAAUUCCAAGAGUCCAAUCCGGAUGUUGUGACUGUAGCAGGGUUGGGAGUGGGCCAGCCUGGACAGAGGAGGCUGUGCCCGCAGGGAAGUUUUCGACUGCCCACGAUGGAAACUUGUAUGCCAUGGCUUGGUUGUAAAGAGAUAACAAAUAAGGUGACCACUCUGGGCAAAAUCGGAUCAGGCAGUAUUAAGAAGGUUUACAAAGCUAUCUGGAGAAACCACACAGUGGCCUACAGUAACCUGACGAAGCCGACUUAUCGCAACUUCAUCUUGCAAGAUAUAGAGAUGCUGAAGACCCUGCAACACCCUUCUGUUUUGCAGUAUGUGGGAUCAUGCAACACAACUCUCCUUACAGAGUUUUAUCAAUUAGGAUCUGCAGAUUUUAUUGAGAAUAUCCUAAAUUUGAACACAUACAGCAAGUUUAACAAUGUCCGGACAAGAUUUAACAUGGCUCUGAGUUACCUAGAAGCUAUACAUUUCCUACACAAUAGUCCACUUGGCACACGAGUCAUGUGCGACUCAAAGGGUCCCCGCAAAACUCUAUCCCAGUUUCUUAUCACACAGGAUUUUAAACUUGUCUUAAGUGACCUGGAUUGGAUACCAGAAGUAAAUCAUGAAGCACACCAUUUCAUUAAGUGUAGACGAAUAAGAACCAAGUCAAAAUUUGUUGCCCCUGAGGAGCUGUGGCCCUUUGGAAAUGAAACAUAUGAUAACUCAAGAAUGCCUUCUUAUGAUGAAAAAACUGAUAUUUGGAAAAUCCCAGGUGUCGUUGACUACCUUCUGGGAAAUGUAAAUGGAAGUGAUGUUGUCAGGUCACAUUUGUUCAAAGUGCACCAACAGUGUCAAAAUAGGGACCCCAGCCAACGACCAACUACAAAGGUAUUGUUAGAGGAGUACAACAGGGUUAAGAAUAUGCUUUUUCCUGAACAUAUAACAAAUAGCAUAGUUAAUUACAGUAGGCAUUUCUGAGUUGUUGCAUAAAGAGCAAAGUCUGUUUAUUUAAAGCUAAAAGAGCUAUUAUUGUCAUUCAAACCUGCCACUUUUAGCCAUCCAUCCGACUAUAACAAUCACCUGUUCCUGGUCCAUUU